CAUAGGGAGGUGAGAAUUUAUAAUUCGACGAUUUUUUGGAGUUCUGUAAUAUUUUUUGAGGAUCUAGAUGAGAUUGUUUACAUUUAAUUCAUGUCUGAGUCCCGAUUUUAUUAUUUACGAGUUGUUUUGCUUCGCGUGACUAUUUUGAAAUAAGACCUAACGUGACGUGACUAGUCCGAGGUUUCCUGAUAACCUUGUCGUCUUCUUGCGGUGCCUGGUCUCUAAGCAGUGGCCAAGGUCAUGCCAAUCUCAACCUAAUGGUGCGGUAGCAAUGGCUUCGUCAUCUAAUCUUCGAAGGAGGCAAAUUCGCGCUAUGAAUGGAGGCGCCAAUUUCUUAGACAAGGAACACGAAAUGGGUCGCGCACGAGCGCAAGAAGUUCGCCGACGUGCAGAGCAAUUGAGAGCGGAAUUGGUGGAACAGAUCGAUGGUCAACUCAAUGAGUUACUCGAUGACGUCCUUCACGAUGUGGAUCACUUGGAAUCUGUCGUAGAUUACUCGUUUGCUAGAGACAAGCUAACUGGAAAUAAAGUAUUUGUGGCAAGGCAGUCAUUAUUGACGGAACUCCUUGAAGUUAAUCAUAUCAAGACAAUCUACAACAUUUUUGUGGCGUUACUAAUCGUGUUUAUUACAAAUACUGUAGUCUAUGAUUACAUUGAUUCAGGAAGUCUUUCCUUGGACCUCUCAAUACUGAAAUGGGCAUUUGGAAAACCUUCGACUGUUGUCAGCUUAUGGCUUGUAAUGAAGGCCAUGGCACUGGCUGCAUUUCCUCUUUUCAUGGCUUGGCACACAAACCGGCAUUCGUGGCUGCCUCUACCAGACCUAGUCUGGCUUGCUUUUUACAUAGUCUACAUGGCUGUAUUUGUAAUAUUCCCCCUUCAGGAAGUGUGUCAACAGAACCUUCCACCUGCUUCAUCAAUUAUCAUCCUUGCAGAACAGAUUAGAUUUAUGCUGAAAGUGCAUGCAUUUGUCAGAGAGAGCACACACAAGGUGCUGUCCUACAAAAAGUCAAAAGUGCUAAAGAAGAACUCAGAGUCAUCAGCAGAAAUGGAUCAAGCUAACGAGGGAGAUAUUGAUGCUGCAAAUGAGGACAAACUUGAGAAAGAAAAGCAGUCAUUACCAGAGUUUGGACAGUACCUGUAUUUCUUAUUUUGCCCAACGCUCAUCUACAGAGAUCAGUACCCCAUGACGCCUUGUAUUAGAUGGAAUUACGUGGUGUCCAACUCGUUACAAACUUUGACUUGUAUCUUCUACACGUACUAUGUCUUUGCCCGUUUUUGUGUGCCUGUGUUCAGGAAUAUUGGAAAGGGACAUUGGAGUUUCAAACAUUUCACGUUGUCAGUGUUCAGCUGUAUGCUUCCCGGAACAAUGGUUCUUGUUCUCGGUUUCUUUGCCAUCCUUCACUCCUGGUUAAAUGCCUUCGCGGAAAUGACCAGGUUUGCUGACAGAAUGUUUUACAAGGAUUGGUGGAACGCAACUUCGUACGCUGACUACUACCGCACGUGGAAUGUUGUAGUGCACGAUUGGCUGUACGCGUACAUCUACAGGGAUGUUCUAAUUCUUGUUAAAAACCGUCAAGUGGCAACGGUGACCGUGUUUGUGUUGUCCGCCAUUGUUCACGAAUACGUGUUAAUGUUCGCUUUUCGCUUCUUCUUUCCGAUUCUCCUCUUCAUGUUUGGUGGCAUUGGAUUGUCCUUUGUGUUCUUGAAACCAAAGAAACAUGUUGAGAACAUAUCUCAGGCUUGGAACGUGUUUAUGUGGAUCACGCUGAUCCUCGGUAAUGGGCUGUUAAUGUGCUUGUACAGUCAAGAAUGGUUUGCCCACCGAAACUGCCCCAGUAAGAGUAAAUCAUUUCUGGAUCAAUUAACUCCUCGAUCUUGGAGUGAGGAGUGUCUACAACUGUACCAACACACGCAAUAGAGAAAACGCAUCGACAUGACAUAUACAUGCAUCACAUGUAACGUGUACAGGGAAACAAAUUACCUAUCAUGAUCAUAAGCUAGAAGCCAAUUCUUCCCUACUGUUAUAAAUGAUGAAAGAGAGUCUUUUUAAUUUCCCAAGGAAAUUGAUUUGAUAUUUUUAUGUGACUUUUAUUUGUUCUGAUUCAAUCGAGAUUAACCUUUGACCCCUAAGAGGGACUGGUAUCUAAGUUCUUCUGACAAUAUCACCCUGGAAUGUCAUAUUAAGGCCAUGAGAAUAUAAGAAACGAUCAGCAACUAAGGAAGCUCUUGAUUGAUAAACCAAUUCUCCUUGUCAGCACCUUAGGAAAUGUAUAGAGAACAGUAUGGAGAAUAUGCAAAGUGAUAUUUGGGUAAAAAGGGUUAACUCACUCCCCCUUUUUAACUUAAAGGAUUUUAGCGCAGGAAUUGAAUUGGACACUUUUAAGAGUUCAUCGGUUUUUUUGGAUCAAUUUCGAAGACAAUUGGAAACCUUGACGUGAAAGGGAAAAUAAUAAAACAGAACACCUUGCCAAA